AUGGCACCCAGCUUGAGAAUAUACGCACUUUUGACCGUUUUGCAUAUCCUCACAGAUCUCACACAUGCGAGCACGCAGUUGUCUCAACGCCAGUCAGUCAACUACAGCCAACCGAUCGAUGUCUCCAAGAUCCCGUCGUGUCUGCUCGGAACCUGCGAAACCGAUCCAUUUGGAAGCGCACCCGAGAAUGCCUGCAAACCUGUCAGAGCGUCGACACAGCUAUACAACAGGAGCUGCUACUGCGCUCUCAAGGACCCGCUCUACUGUGCAUGGUCAUGCACUUGGUGGGAGUGGAUGGCCACCGAGGACUGGUUCAUGGAUGAAUGCGGACCAGACUCUGACAAACUUUUGUACGAUGGGCUACCAGCCUGCGCGCAGCGUUGUCUACGCCCGGCGCUCGUCUACUACGGCUGCGUCACCGAGGGCCGCAACUGCUUCUGCAUUCAUGGCAGUCUGUUCAAUUGUCAGUCGAACUGUCACAAAGAGAGCGAGGUGACGGCCAUCCAGAACUGGUUAGUGGGUCAGUGCGGCGUCAGUGCUGCGUUGGGCAAGAAGGGAGCAGAGCACGGGGUGUUCUAUGGCUCUACCGACGACGACUCCGAGUCGAGAGAUUCACCGGUUCUUUUCCAGACCAAAAGAAAGGAAUUGAAGUGGUACGAGAUAUUUGCGAUCGUGUUACUUUGCAUCUCUGUCCUGGUGGGAAUAAUCAUGUGGAUUGAUCUCCGUGUUCGACAGAGGUCACACAUGCCUCCACAGGAUCAGCCUCAGGGAUGGAUACCAGACACCCUAAGAGAGAAUACACUUUCACAACGGCUGCGGCUUAAAGGUCCUGCGUGGAAAGCUCUUCCAGGAGACGCCGAGGGUUGA